AUACGAUUGGAGAUCCUGAGGACUGAAGUAUACUCAUGAAGGACAGCAGUUCUUUGGCAGUGAUUAACUCGUGACGUCUCGAAUAUCUCGUCACGGGGUAGAACAGAAAGUACCUAGGCAUUGAAAAACUCGACAGAAACAAACCGCUGCGCCCAAAGGAGAUUUCUUAUUGGCACAAAUAACUGUUGCAGUCUAUCUGAUCCAUGAGUGGCACACUCGUACAACUUUGUUAUUCUGCAAGGGACUCUGCCUAGGGUAGCUCUGGUUCUCACAUCUGAUACCUGACACUACCUAUCUGCCUGAUGUCGAGGCUAUAGUUGAUCACGAUACGAGUCGCGACGAAGCUAAGCUGCAGAGCGCCUAUAUACCUCGAAGGCUAUUCUUGUGAUGCAAUGAAUGUUUCGUGGCUGUGGAUUAGGCAUUUCUUAUCCUGCGCAGUACCUACAAAAUAUCGUUUAAAACUCCGCGGGUGUAUGCACAGCCCUACUCCAAGCAAGCCCGCUGAACGCAUGUUGAUAUCGUGGAAGUCGGAACCCUCAACACAGGUAGUUGUCUCACUUCGCAGCCCUCCGCCUAGAUAGUUGUUGGAUCUAGAAGGCUAUGCGAAAGUUCCUCAGUUAAUGCCAACAUAUGAGGGGUUCGCCAUCCUGCGACGGUUCAUGCGACUUAAUUAUCAGAGCCUCCUCUAUGUGACUUCUCUAUCUGCAAGUCGAAACCAUCCAUCGCGAAGAAAACUUCGGCAGGAUUGUGGAGCGGGACACUGCCAACCCUGGGCGAACAGAGCACCUACUCUCGAGAUUGGUGGAGGCUGGCUCAUGGGGAAAAGAAGAGCCGCCAGAGCGCAGUGGCGCCAAAUCCGCUGCGUUAGAAAGAAGCCAAAAGAACACAGUAAGACGGCGUACCUUUGCCUUAGGGAGUCUGAAGGCAAAAAGAAAAAGGGGGUCGUUCCAUAAUAAGUUUCAGACCACGCACCGAAUGACCUAGAAUUCCAGGUAUGCAGUUAGUCUGAUAGGCGUUCUACGGGAUGCUUUGCAGUACCCAAGUGCCAUAUGUAAAGCCUCGGGUGCCUCCGGAUCCGCCUUCAAGGUGGAUUACGAGACGUCGUGUUCGCUCUAUAUCAUCGCGUAUUCGGCGUCAAAUUUGAGGUAGCUCAUACGAGGAAUCACUAGUCAGUUGUCGUACGGGUUCGGGAAGAUAGUUAUCGAACCGCUACACGGCCAAAAGGUAGAAUGAUGUCGACUCGGACUAUCUCCACCUAUGAGGACCGUACUCUCUUAUCGAUCGUAGUGCUCUACUUAUUACAUUACUCAGUAGCAAGUAUUACUGAUGUUCGUAGUGCUAGCAUGUGAAGUUACCUGAAUACUUCCUAAAUACCAUU